AUGGAAAAUCACGGCGAUGAUCCGAAUAGCUCCGAGAGGGCGGAGCCGGUGAGGUCACGGUGGACGCCGAAGCCGGAGCAGAUUCUGAUUCUUGAAUCUAUUUUCAAUAGUGGAAUGGUGAAUCCACCAAAAGAUGAGACGGUCAGAAUUAGAAAGCUGCUUGAGAAAUUUGGCUCUGUUGGCGACGCCAAUGUUUUCUACUGGUUUCAGAAUCGCCGCUCCCGGUCUCGCCGCCGCCAGCGUCAGCUUCAGGCUGCCGCCACUCACCAAGCUACCGGCGGCGGCGGCGGCGGCGGUGGUGGUGGUGGUGGCGGUAACGGCGGUCGCUACAAUAGUGGUGUUAUGAAUUUUGCUGGUUCCUCCUCUUACUUCGGAGGUGGGUCGUCGUCGUCGUCGUCCUCUGCUUCUGGUGGCGGUGGCGGCGGUGGUAGUAGUGAAAGUGGGUGUUUUUCCAUGGUGGGUCAUAUGGGUUUGUCGGAAAUUGAUCAGCAGAUGGGUGUGGCGCCGUCUUUUUGUCCGCCGGAAACCUUAAACUUGGAGUUUCAAUCAGGGUAUAAUAUUAUAAUAUUCAUAAAUGGAGUUCCGACAGAA